ACGAUCUGUUCAUUUCUACUUUCUGUACAUCUUCAUUUUCUGUAAAAGGAUACUUCUUUCCACAAAGGGAUUUAACUAGAUAUUUGGCUUUAAACAAGCCAUUUUCUAAUUUCAAAAUUUGAUGAGUGAAAGUUUUCAUGGAAUUGCCUUGCUACUUUACUAGUACCCAACAAUCAACAGAUAUUUUCUCUAAAGGAGGUGCUAAAGUACUCUCACUUUUCAUUUUUUUCUAUGACUUUUUUUCUGAAUUGUAGAUCUAGAUUGGUUUACUGCCAUAGUUUUUGAACUUCAUUUUGUGCUUCUCUGAAUGCUGUUUUCAAACUAUUGAUUGCAGAUAUAAGCUGUAACCGUAUUUGCAAUUGAUACCACAUAUUGCUGCCUUCACCCCUAUCUUCAAAGUUUUUAGUGCAACUUUUGUUUCAUUCAAUAGUGGAAGAAUAGCCAGUUUAAAUUCUUCGAAAUUAGCCAAAUGGCUUUUGAAACUGAGGUAGUUUCCUUUAAAGCUGAAGAAGGUGUGUUCGAUGACACUUUCACUAUUGUUUGUUUCUGUACUUUAGCUUUAUUGGCUGGGAGUUCAGAGUGCAAAUCCUUCUCAUGAUUUUGUGAAGAUAAUUUAUUAGUCAGCUAAUUUAAAAAGACAGGGAAAAUGAUUGACUUUGAUCCGAGUAGUCCAGAGUAUGCAGAGAUGAAGAGCUUUUCUGAAGUGGAAUCUCUCAUAGCUAAAUUCCCUAACAGUUCCAAAGCAUGGAUGCUAGGAGCUGUUAACUAUUUAAAAUAUGGAGAUGUUAAUAAAGCAAAAGUACUUCUGCAAAGAGGUAUCAAAACGAUAAAUUUCAGAGAAGAUGAAGAAAAAUUAAAUUUGUGGAAAGCUCUGAUGAAUUUAGAAGCAUACCAUGUCAGCAGAGAAGCAUUGCUGGCUACAUUCGAGGAAGCGUUGAAAUAUAAUGAUACAAGAAAGGUGUAUUUGCACAUGUUACAGUUGUUGAUUAACACUGAAAAAACAGAGGAAUUAGAAAUCUUCAAAGACAAAAUUUUAAAAAAGUUUAAAACUGAUAAAGAAGUAUAUCUUACACUUUGUGAAUAUUAUAUGAAACAUGGAGCAAAGAAAGAAGGAAGAAGUCUCUUUGAAAGGAGUUUGCAAUGUGUUUCCCCAAAAGAACAUCCAGAUAUACUGGGAAAAUUUGCAAAUCUUGAAUAUAAAUAUGGAGACAUUGAAAGAAGUUUGAACUUGUAUGAAGAAAUACUUGUAAAAUAUCCAAAACGCAAGGACUUAAAGUCAAUUUAUAUUCAAGUACUCAAGUCUCAAGGGCAGGAAGAGCGAGCAAAUAGCUUACUUUGAUGUUAAUAAUUAUUUGUAAAUAGAAUUUCAAUAAAUUUUUAUAUUUUCCAAUU